AUGGUCACGACGACGCCUACAAUCUCAAGACAACGCCCUGGCUCGGCCUGUGAGGAGUGUCGACGGCGAAAAGUGCGCUGUGACCGUCGCCGGCCUCAGUGUCAGGUGUGUUUCGAGACAGGGAUUGAGUGCAAGAUCAACACCACCAGAUUGCCUCGGGGACCUCGAAAGGGCCAGUUGCGUACGCUGCGCACAAGAAUUGCUGCCCUAGAGCGCUGCCUCGCAGAUCAGCAUCCCGAAAUCAACCACCAGAUGGCGAGUCUAUUUGACGGCACGGUACUUGACUGUGACUCGGAGGAUGAUCCCCUCCGGGACCUCACUUCACUGUCUGAUUCGAUCCCGGUUUCCGUACCUCUAGAUGCUCAUCCCACCAUCUCAUCCAUCAAGAUCCAAUCACCAAGAACACCAGAGUCGUUACCACGGUCGACAGGCCUGGUCUCGGAACUGAUGCGAGCUGAACUUGACCAACUGUAUUUCGAUCGGGUGCAUCCGUUCGCGCCUAUCCUCCAGCGCUGGCGCUAUCACGUUUGGGCUCGCCAACCUAAGAAGUCCGAUAGCCAGGUCUGUCUACAAUAUGCUAUGUGGACGGUGGCAGCCUCUCUUUCUGCCCAGUUUCAGGCUCUACGCGAUCAGCUGUACACCGAAACACGAAGAAUUCUCGAUUCCUUAGAUCGACCGGAUAGUAUAACAAUGGUCGCAGGGCUGGAACAGGCCCAGGCAUGGAUUCUAAUUGGGCUCUACGAGUACAUGCAACGGUCGGCUCUCCAGGCCUGGAUGAGCAUAGGAAGAUGCUGCCGACUGGUAUUAGGGAUGCGGCUCUAUGAGCUGAAUGAUUCCACCAACCCGGUGACGAUGGCACGGGAACAGGAAGCUAUAUUGGUGGACUGGAUCGGGCUGGAGGAGCAGCGCAGGACUUUCUGGAUGGCGUACUCAUUGGAUCGGUUUAUCAGUUUCCAUAAUGGGUUGCCGUUUACUCUGCAUGAACCAGUGAUCACCACCCGGCUGCCCAGCCCGGAAGAGGAGUUCCAAUGCGGGCAACCAACCCUAACACCAUACCUACGCGAAGUUAUGAACCAGCAUCCUCACCUUCAUCAUCCAGUCCAACCCAAUCUAUACCAAUAUCCCCAUCUUCAUGCUCAGCAACAUCCUCACAUCUACGCCAUUCCUCAUUCCCCGACUUCACCCACCCACCUUACAAUGGCCUUUCCACCCGUGGCAACACCAACCAACCCCACAGCAACACCCGUCCUCAAUCACGAUCUCAAUCAAGUCACAUACUCGAGCUUCACCGAAUUCAUCCUCCUAGCCACGAUUGUCGGUCGAGUCCUCUCGCACCGCCAAGCUCUGGUGAUGGAGCAACCCUUCCAACCGUUUUACCCGCCUCUUUCCCCCACAAGUCCCCACACCCCGAUUCCAAAUUCGCUUGAUGCCUUCUGGAAUCGUCAUCACGCUCUUCAUGCACUCCUCAGUGCCCGAAUUCAAUCCCUUUCGUCCAAUCCGCAGGCUCUGGAUGAUCCCUUAAUCAUGUUCGCGCGCAUCGUUGCGCAAAGUAUGGUGCUGUUCCUGCACAACGUUCUCGAGUCCGUCGCGUGGAAGUCUGGUGGGGAUCAACUACUGGGUAUCAUUGAGGAUGAGCGGCUGUGUGUGCUAGCCGCGCAUGAGGUGGUAGGGUUAGUGAAGGUGCAAGGACAGUUGGGGUAUUUUAAGGUCCACCCUCUCACCCCGAUUCCCUUGAUGAUGUGCACCGAAUUUCUGACUGCUCAUGCGUACCUUGAUCCCUCGUUCGAGGUCAAGUUGCAUGAGCUGCUGGAGUGCCUGGGCGACCUGGAAAGAGUGAAGAACCCCGUGCAAAGUCCGACCCUGUCCGUGGUUUAA